AUGUGUUUUCCUAACCCGGCAAUAUCUAGCAACCCCAAUCCGUUGAGGGACCGGACACCCGAGGAGUUGAAAGAGGAUGUCCACAGCUUUUACCAUCGCAAUUCGGAACUGGAAAAGGUGGUCGAUGUUAAGCUGCUCGUCAGUGGAGCGCUCAUAGCACAGGAUCCUGCGAACUUGGAGGCCUGUGACUUGACCUGGCCCCAAAAGCGCGCCAUAGAGACAGAAAAGACGCUGGGAUUGUUUCAGCAAACGAAGGAGCUCAAGACGACCAUCCUGACUACUGCAUGUGCAGCAAUUAUUCAAGGCUGGCAGCAAUCCUCCAUUAAUGCCAGUUCGCGUGGAUGGCAGUGUGACCUUAUCCCCUACACCAACACUUUUUUUGAGAAUGCUCCCGCCUCCCACCUCGUUGACGCCUUCGUGUCCGGCUCACGCACGUUAACAGAUCAUGGGACAUAUAUGGUUUCUUUGAUUGAUGCAGCACCUGGGACAUGGCUGAGUGAUCCCUUACAAGAAUAUCAGUACGGCCGGCGCCCGGCACUUUUUAUGUCGGCAGUGCUCUGUGCAGCCUGCGUCAUUGGGACUGCGCAUUGUCAUUCGUGGCAGACAAUACUGGUUUGUCGUUUACUACUUGGCGUUGGGAUCGGAGCGAAGGCUUCCAUUGCCCCUGUCUUUGCUGCAGAGGCAGCAGCAGAACACUUACGAGGUCGCCUGCUGAUGAUGUGGCAACUCUUUGACACGUUCGGGAUAUUUGUUGGGUUCGUCUGCUACUGGGUUUUUGCACGCAGCUGGAGAGGUAUUCUGGGAAGUGCUGCAGUUCCUGCAUUGAUGCUUCUCACCCUAGUGUUUUUGUGCCCAGAGUCACCGCGAUUCCUCAUCCGAAAGCGCGAGUACGCAAAAGCAUUCAUCAGCCUUCGCCAGCUACGAGGAACCGAUAUUCAAGCUGCCAAAGACUUAUACUAUAUUCACAGCCAGCUGCAAAUCGAAACGGAGCUAUUCCACGGUAAACCGCCAGAGCAAUGGUGGCGUAAAGAGCUGUACCAAGACGAAGUCGACGCACACUCAUUUUUCCAGAGGGUCAAAGCUCUAUUUACGAUUCCGCGCGGCCGUAGGGCCUGUAUGGCGGCCUUUUUGGUGAUGCUUGCGCAACAGCUUUGCGGGAUUAACGUUCUUUCCUUUUAUUCCUCGGAGAUAUUUCACAGUGCUCAAGAUCUGGGGCAGGCGAGGCCUGGCCAGCUUCGUUGUAACGAGCCCGAGCCACGGCGCAAUGACCAAGUUGCCUGGCUCAAUUUCGGCUUUGGGUUGGCCAAUUUCUUGUUCACAAUCCCCGCCUAUAAAUUUAUUGACUGGAGGGGUCGUCGGGUUCUUCUACUGAUUUCUCUCGGCGGUAUGUUCUUCACUCUGUGCGCAACCAGUGGCUUUUUCCGAAUUGAAAAUGAGAGCACGCGAAGAGGCUUGGUCGCCGCGUUUGCUAUUGUGGUCUUUACUUUCUUUUACGGCAUUGGUGCCGGUCCUGUCCCGUUCACCUUUAGUGCUGAAGUGUUUCCUCUGGCGUUUCGAGAGGUCGGCAUGAGCUUCAGCGUCAUGGUGAACUUCCUCGGCCUCAGCAUCUUAAUCCUCUUUGUGCCCAAAUUGACGAGUGUAUUGGGUGCAGACGAUCAUCUCGGGCAUUCGAAUCUUCUUUUUGCCUUCACGUGGGUCCCAAGCGGAACGGCACAGAUUAGCCUGGAAGAAAUGAAUCAUAUCUUCAACAUUAAGACUAGGGAGCAUGCAUUUAACCAUCUCCCGAAAUUUCUGAAGCAGAGAACCCAUCCACCGAUCCGUGAUCAGCCAGAGCAGGAUGAUGAAGAGGAGGAAAUGGGAAUUCGGUUUCGAACAAUGAGCAGGGCUGUUUAAACGGAAUUACUGGUAGAGCACUUGACCACAUAAUUUGACCCUGAAACGUGAAGUGAACCGCAGUUCAUGACAGGUAUAAUAAUGUUCCCUACGGAGAGGAAGAAGGGCUUAAUUAAUCACCUUGCAGCGGCUAGUUAGUUACUAUUUCUCAUGGUCUCUCAGCUGGACCACCGAUCCUUCAUGACUCUUUCUAGUCCCCGAAGAUGAAAGGUGUCAGAGGUUCAAAACCUUUGUGAGGCGCAAAAUUUCCAGAAAAUAUCAUCUUGGACUAUAUUUCAGUACUAGCGAGCAUAUAUAUAUGUGUGUGUGUGUGUGUGUAUUAAGGAGGCUCUCUGUUCUCCUGAAUACUGCUUUGCG